GUCAGAACUGUUCCGAAGAAUUUUUUCCCCUGAAGAAUUCACGCAGAUCUUGCCCCCCCCACCCCCAUUCGGGUCAUUUUUUAGAAUCUCCCCUCGGUUUUCGUCGGAUUUCCAACGGCCAGUCCGUUCGGUGUCAGUGACGCGCAAAACUCAAACUCUUGUGACUUCGCUGCUUCCCGUUUUCCUCCCCUCUGGAUAAACUAUGGCGCAGAGCACAGCUUCGGCGAUUCUUAAGGAUGAUGCGGACGGGUUGGGGGUGAAUGAAGGAAAAAUGACGGAGGACUUCAGCCAGGCGGCGUCCCAGCUCGUGGACAAGAUCUCGCAACUGAAACAGACGACCUUCGUGGGUCCGACAAACCCAAUUUUCGACGAGUUGUUCGCUCUGGAGAAGAAGUGCAGACAGGCGAACGAUGGCGCGAGUGGGUCGCGUCUCUGCUGCUUCUACCUGCAGAAUUUGGAGGACCUGAGGAAGGCGGGAGAAGAGAAAGACGGAGUUCCGGUGAUCAGCGUCGGAUUUCUCUGCGACCAACUUGUCGUGCUCUGCAAAAAGAGGGGUCAGUUGAAACGAGUUAUCAGCGACAUUGUCAAACUCGCAGUCACGUGGCUCACCGAAAUGAAGAAGGAGGACAAGGUCGAAGUGAUCGAAACUCUAAAAAGAAUCACCGAAGGGAAGAUCUUCGUCGAAGUGGAGAGGGCACGACUCGUCUUGAUGCUCGCGGAGAUGAAGGAGGCAGAAGGGAAGAUCGAUGAAGCUGCCACCAUUCUUCAGGAGGUCCAGGUGGAGACCUUUGGAGCGAUGGAGAGAAGGGAGAAAACCGAGUACAUUCUGAAGCAAAUGUCUCUAGUUCUGCGGCGCGGGGACUUUAUCCGCUGCCAGAUUAUCAGCAAGAAAAUCAGCACCAAGUUGCUGGACAACGACGAGGAUCUUCAGGACCUCAAGAUUCGUUACUACUCGCUGAUGAUCGUCUACUACCUGCACGAGGGCAUGAUACUCGAUUGCUGCAAAGCCUACCAGUCCAUCUUCAUCACGCCUUCGGUUCAACAAAAAGAAGACCAGUGGAUUAAGAGUCUUCAAUGCUACAUUCUCUUUUUGCUGCUCGCGCCCUUUGACGACGAAGCGAAGCAGCUCGCACAGACCGUCCAGACAAUGGAGGCCAAGAAGCUGAAGGAAAUACCUGUCUUCGCACAGUUGCUGAAAGACAUGACGACUGUCGUGCUUCUCUCUUGGCCGCUGCCGUAUGAGGCGACUCUGAAGGCGCACGAGGUUUUCCAGAACACUCCACAUGAAGGAGGUGAAGGACGCUGGGCGCUUCUGAGACGCCGCGUUAUUCAACAUAAUAUUCGAGUUAUUGCGACUUACUACAGCUGCAUUGAGAUGGACCGUGUUGCUUCGCUCCUCGACAUCACCAAAGACGAGGCAGAGUCUGAGAUUUCCGAGCUCGUUUGCUCCAACUUCAUCGAGGCGAAGAUUGACAGACCCGCCGGCACCGUUGAGUUUGGCAAGCGGAAAGGCACCUUCGACCGCCUGAACUCGUGGGCGGCAGAUGUGACCAGCCUGUUGGACCGCGUUGACUUGUGCUCACAUCUGAUCCAGAAAGAGAGGAUGGUGCAUGCGGCGCGAGCAAAGAACGCUGCGCUUCUGGCCCGAAAUGCCAGCUGAGUCUUUUGCGCGAAAGAAGGAACUUCCGGGGAGAAUAAAGAAGCGAGAAGACGAGCGCAAUCGAAGGAAAAACAAGCGUCGGCUGCCUUCUGUGCCCUUAUCACGCACCCCGUUUUCUGCAUUCACCCAGAGAUCUGAGGCUUCUAAAGAAGCGCUAAAAAAGGGAAAACUUUCCACGUUCACAUCCCUACCUCAGUACGUCUCCCAUCCACUGCAUAGCUAUCUGCGCGCAUCUGUAUGAACUAGGGAUGAGUGUAUUGACACUUGCACACACACGCAGACUGUGAGGGUCCCUGCUGGGAUUUUCGCAUUUUUGUGCAUCCGAGAGUGAAAGACGUUCGGGGAGCACCGAAUCCGCGUGCUUGCAAGCGACGGUUUCCAGCUUCCUGAAGUUUUGUUGGCGGAGUGAGUUUCCUCUAUUUUUGUGCGCGUUUUUGAAGAUGCCGAGGAACAUGCGCCUCGACUGAAUAUACGCGUCC